GCGGGGCUCACCCCUGCCGUCGAGGUCCGGUUCUGUCUCCGGUGACUGACUGACUGACUUCUCAUCUAAAAUUUGCGGAGCGGGCUGAAGUAAACCCCAAAGAAAAAAAGUUCUGGGGGUCCCACCUGGUUGGGCAUCUCGGCGGCUUAAUUCGUGGGAUCAAUGAAACUUCAUAAACGAAGAUGUGACAGCGGCUCAAGUAAAUACAAAAUCGGACAGCUGUACAUGAUCAGCAAGCACAGCCACGAACAGAGCGACCGAGGGGAAGGGGUGGAGGUCGUCCAAAAUGAGCCCUUCGAGGACCCUCACCAUGGCAAUGGGCAGUUCACCGAGAAGCGUGUGUAUCUCAACAGCAAAUUGCCUAGCUGGGCCAGAGCUGUCGUUCCCAAAAUAUUUUAUGUUACAGAGAAGGCUUGGAACUAUUAUCCCUACACAAUUACAGAAUACACAUGUUCCUUUCUGCCGAAAUUCUCCAUUCACAUAGAAACCAAGUAUGAAGACAACAAAGGAAGCAAUGACAGUAUUUUUGACAGCGAAGCCAAAGACCUUGAGAGAGAAGUUUGCUUUAUUGAUAUCGCCUGCGAUGAAAUUCCAGAACGCUACUACAAAGAAUCCGAGGACCCUAAACACUUCAAGUCGGAGAAGACAGGACGGGGACAGUUACGGGAAGGCUGGAGAGACAGUCAUCAGCCCAUCAUGUGUUCCUACAAGCUGGUGACUGUGAAGUUCGAGGUCUGGGGGCUUCAGACCAGAGUGGAACAAUUUGUACACAAGGUGGUCCGAGACAUUCUGCUGAUUGGACACAGACAGGCUUUUGCGUGGGUUGAUGAGUGGUAUGAUAUGACAAUGGAUGAUGUCCGGGAAUACGAGAAAAACAUGCAUGAACAGACCAACAUAAAAGUUUGCAAUCAGCAUUCCUCCACUGUGGAUGACAUAGAGAACCAUGCCCAGACAAGUACAUGACAAUGGAUGAAGUCCGAGAAUUCGAACGAGCCACUCAGGAAGCCACCAACCAGAAAAUUGGCGUUUUCCCACCUGCGAUUUCUAUCUCGAGCAUUCCCCUGCUACCUUCUUCAGUCCGCAGUGCCCCUUCCAGCGCCCCGUCCACACCUCUGUCCACAGACGCACCCGAGUUUCUGUCCGUGCCCAAAGAUCGGCCCCGGAAAAAGUCUGCCCCAGAAACUCUCACGCUUCCAGACCCUGAGAAAAAAGCCACCCUGAAUUUACCUGGCGUGCCCUCUUCAGACCGGCCAUGCCGGCCCAAGUCAGAGUAGCUUCAUACGAAUCUUUCAUGGGGUUUUAUAUUUUUGUUUUCAGGGUUGGUUUUUUUUGGGUUUUUUUUAAGAAUCUUCUAAUGUAGAAAAAGACUGCUUUGUCACUCAAACAUGUUCUUUCGAUCUCCAAGUGUGCAUGUAUGUGGUCACGUAACUUCACAUAUAAUAUGAACCCCUGAGUAUGCCACACAGCAUCGUAUUAGAUGCAAAAUGUAAGACACGCAAAGGACAGAAGGCAUCUUCUGUAGUCACAGCUGGAAGCCAGGGAGGAAGCCUUGUUACUGGUCAUUUGAUGAGGUUGGUAUGGACUUCAAGGGUAAAUAAAUGAAAACUUUGCACCGCCGUGGUCCAAGGUGUGGUAACAUAGUGAAGUCAGUUUCCUCCCAUCAAACCGGAAAUUCUCAAAAAUACUCUCAGGCAUAACAUACCUAAUUGUUAAAUUUUGAAAUGCUCAGCACCAAUACUUGAAUACUAGUAGUUACUAAGAUUCCUAUUUUGGUUCCUCUGACUCAGGAUUUGGGGCCUAAUUAACACUUUAAAUUUUUUGAAAAUUUUAAUUAACCCAUAGAGGCUCCAAGUGCAAUUGAUGAUAACUUCUUUAUACCUUUCAGAGAAUUUAAUAAAGAUUCCACUUGUUUCUGUCUUUUAAUAACUUUCCCCGAUGUGCCCUCGCGGCCUCAGAAAUCUUAAGAAUUACAUGGGUGAAUGUGACCUGAACUGACAGAUUUUGGAAGCGUUGAGUUAGGAACCAAGAGGCCCAGGUGAGGCAAACAUCUUUUUACUCUACAGGUACCAACAAACCUUAACUUGUCAGCUUCCAUCUUCCACGAAGGAUUCUCAGAAUUUGCAGUUUAUUGAAUCGAAUUCAUUGACUACUUGCCCAUUCAAAGAAAUUCAAGGGUAGGUAGAGUAAGCUAAGAGGACUUGAACUCUGUCAGAAUGUCUGCUUUGGGAAACCCUAAAAAAGAGAAUUGUCUCCUAUCUCCCUCCUGGUUUUACUUUUAAUAACAUCCAGGCUCCCUGGAACAGACAGCCCGUCCCCGGACCUUAGGAAAGACUGUCAUUCUCUUGCACCUUGCUUGACAUCCAAAUGUUGGGACCGUCACAGAAAUUGAGUAAAUACUGUCAAGUGGGGGGCGAGAAUGAGCAGAAUUGUUGCCUCCAGUCUGUAAAGUAAAAGGGAGAGAUAGAAGACGCCCCUCUGCCUGGCUUUCUCUUAGACGAGUGUUGCUACUGCAAAAUUAGAUCCAAGGUUGACGGGAGGCGAGAUCAUUCACCAAAGGGGCAGGAAGGGAACUGCCUUCGGUCUUCAGAGGAAAAACCUGCCACCUUCGCACCUCACUGCCGCUCCAACGCAGAAGGAAGGGCGAGCAGAAUCUAGCGUUACUCUCGUCCUCUGUGAGAGGAAGCGAGCAAGGUAAUCGGCCGCCUUCAGGCCCCCAGCUAGCUUUCUUCACCAUAACUUCCAACCUCAGGAAAGGGACCUUCCCAAAACAGAUUCCAAAGGAAACACAGACCAAGGAGCAUAUUUUCUCUCCUGGCCCCUCAGCCCGUGGGCCCUGCCUGCUUCUCUCAAGUGCUCAGCACUCCGAGUUGUGUCUUUCAAGUUGACAGACUCCCAGGUGCAGGCGCUGGCCCCCGAGCCCAGCACCAAGUAAGUGUAAGUCAUACGUCAGACUGUCCUUUCUUUAUCUACAGGUUGAUAUUUAGCUCGAGAAAAAUAAAAAAAUAAACCCAGACCUCAAGGGAAACCAGUUGCCCAUAGCUUAGAGCAACGGUGCGUCUCUUCCCUAAGAAAGAUAGCCUUGUAGUAAGGCACCUUUGCAUGGUAUGGUAGCAUGACUUUUGCUUGUGGGAAAGCGUAACCCUGUAUCAAACCCCUUGGACUUCUCGACGGCUCCCUCUCCACCCAGUAGUGCUUAGCGAGAAUGUUUGGCUUCAGAAAGCAAAAUCCCAUUUUCACAAGGCCGCGAUCGUGUACGUGUUCGCUUACCAUUUAUCCGCAAGCCAAAAUCAGGACGGGAUGGGGUCGCUUUCUAAUGGGACCGAUUCAUUUUGUGCAGGUUGUUCACACAUCUGACACCUAGUUUUUUCCAUGAAUACCACUGCUCUUUGUAAAGUAGCUUCCGCUCGCAAGGUCCGCAAUCCUAUACACUUUAGAAAGCUGAUUUCUCAUUUCCUUCUGUGAGUUUUCUUUCUCUCGUAGGCCGUGCAAUGCCACCCGCAUCGAUUACAAACUGCUAAAGAUAGUGUGAUCUUUAUCCAUCAAGUGUGUGUGCUCUUAAACUAUGUUCAGUUUCCUGUCUACACAUGGUUUGUGUGUAUUUAAUAAAGGGGGGGUGAGUAUAUUCCUUCGACUGCUUUGAAUAUUUAAUCCCGUCAUCACGAGCAUGAAUGACUCCAACCUUGUACCUGUCUUGAUUUGCAAGUGUCGCUUCACAUUCUCCAUACAUGCAUUUGUUUGUUGUGGGAUACAAGCGUGCCAGGAACGUGUACAUAGAACAUUAGCAAUUCCUGUAAGGAUGGAAAUGAAAUGGCUGCAUGAUGGAAACGUAGAAGAAAAAUAAAAGCAGAAACUUGAAUUCAUUAAGCAUGUUUGGGGGGAAAUAGAACCUUUAACUCAGUGCCUCUGUCUGCGAUGUGGGAACCUUCGACUUUGCUCACCAAAAUUGUAUUAUACCUGUAUGUAUAUAUGUAAAUAUAGUAUAGUGGGUCAAACACCACCAGUUAGAGGACUCCGGUAGCCAAAUUAAAGUAAGUAAUCCACAGAAUAACACGUGCACACCAUCUUCAUCACUGAUGUUAGCAAAGACCACGACAGUGGCUGCACAUUUCAUUACUUCGGGUGCAUGUCACAUACGAGGUGCCCCUGGGCUGCAGUCCAGCAUUUGUUACUUUGACUGCUUUCCCAGGGGUAAGACGGUCUCAGUGUUUUUCCCGCAUAAACUUGGUCAGAAGUUAGCUCUGAAGACGGUUUCAUUUUUUUUCUUUUGGGCUGUAAUCAAGUAAAAGAGGCCAUGGCAUUUCUCGGUCACCACCGUUACAACAGGCACAGUGUGCAUUCGUUGGUGAACUAAUUUGUAAGUCCUUCUGUUCGGUUUUGCAUCUGUAUGGGAGGAAUGGUUUCAGUGUGUUUGGAGGUGUCUGUUAGCCGUGUUUUUGGCUGUGAAAAUAAACCUCCAAGCGCGGUCGUGACUGUACAAUGCAGGCACACAAACCCAAGACCUCAAAAGUAAUUGCGUGGUUUUCUUACAAGACGCUGCAAUAAACAGUGACCUGGAGAGUAGAUUCUGACACUUCUCGACAAAUCCUUUUCCUGUGACAUGUCAAGGUUAAUGUAGUAUGUGUAUUUUUUUUUUUAAUUCUACUUUCUUUAGUAACUUCAGGAUUCAGAGACAACAAGGUCACUGGCUGGUUUAGGUCGAUAGGAAUUCUGCUUUUCAGAAGGGCCAGGGUAUAAUUUACAUAUAAUGUGCAAUUGGAUAAUCGAAUAGACAAGAAUUGUCCAGUUUUAGUCUCUUUCUGAUCAUCUGACUCGGUAGGCUAGAUAACAGUCUGCCAUCUGAGCCGUAAUUCUUGAAAUUAAAAAAAAAAAAA